ACAAUAACAAUGGUGGUAAAGGUCCUUUUGGAUCGGUUCCUGUUAUUCAAGAGGGAGAUUAUACUUUAUAUGCAUGCUUACAACCCAGAUGAGGAGUAUGCAGAGGUAGAAUCCAGAUUGCGUUCACAUUUGGAAUCUUUUCUAGAAACUGCAAGAUCAUUCAAUAUGAUUUACACCAAGGGUUAUGCAUAUAUACUCAAGCAGCCUGGAAUACCUUCCGUUUCCUAUGACCACUUCUAUGAUUCGGGUGAUUUCAUUCAUGAUCAGAUUGUGAAACUGGAAAAUUUCAAAAUGGCUCUAACAAAUGGGUUGGAAAUUCCUAAAGAAGUGCUAGAAGCAGAAAUCAAAUCCUUUUUUGACUCGGCUCCUCCUUUAAAGAACAGAGAUGAUGUCAGUGAAAAACUUGAGGCAUUUGUUAAAAAGAAUUCGCAGCCUUCUGGAAAUGGUGGAGCUAGGAGGGUGGUUUGUGUAACCUCUGGUGGUACCACGGUUCCUCUGGAGCAACGAUGUGUUCGCUACAUUGACAACUUCAGCUCAGGUCACAGAGGAGCAGCUUCCACAGAGUACUUUUUGUCAGUUUUGAAGGCAGGCUAUGCUGUUAUCUUUCUUUAUCGGAGGGGAACUUGCCAGCCAUAUUGCAGAUCUCUUCCCGAUGAUCCGUUACUUAAAUGUCUGGAAAUUGUGGACGAGUCAAACAUUCAAGUACACCAGUCCCAUUCACAAGCAGUGGGGAGUGCUAUCACGAAGACUCAUGCUGCAGUGGAAGACGGCCUCUUGCUGAAACUUCCCUUUACAAUAAUAUUUGAGUAUCUCCAGUUGUUGCAGAUGGUUGCGUUUACAAUGCGAAGGAUUGGACCACAUGCCAUGCUAUAUCUUGCAGUAGCAGUAUCUGACUUCUACGUCCCUUGGAAGAGCAUGGCAGAGCACAAAAUUCAGUCAGGGUCUGGUCCAUUGGAUAUGCGACUUGUUCAGGUGCCAAAGAUGCUCUUAGUGCUGAGGAAAGACUGGGCCCCCAUGGCCUUCUGCAUAUCAUUCAAGCUAGAAACAGAUUCAAAGAUCCUGUUAGAGAAGGCUGAUAUGGCUCUUAGAUGAACUUGAAGACUUGGGAGGAGUGCUUGUUCACCCGGUCUAACAUGAACUUCUCGGGGUGGCCUUUCUGACCCGAAGAGACGAACUCGUAGGUCUCUCCUAUCACCGGGUAGCCGACGUUACCCGGCGGGAGGUUGUUGCUGGUGAACUGGGAUCUGUGCCUGUAGAAAAGCACCAAGAGAGAGAUUGCCAGAAAGGAAACAAAGCCCAAGAGGAGGGUGAUGGGUUGGAAAUAAUAUUGCUCCAUCACCAUGGUUUUGAGAGCUGAGGAGGAUCUUUGGAGUUUGUUUGAAUGGUU